AUGCAAAACUGCGUGUUUCUCAGGCCAAGCCGCAGGGGAAACUUUGCCUGCGCCGGUGGGAAGGAAAAGAGUGACGAUGUUGGAGCUUUGGUGGUUGGUUUUGACGUAGCUCGGCCGAUAACCAGCGUUCGAUGUUCCAGAUUGGGCCCGAGAUUCGCCGCCAAAAAUUUAGACGUGCAAAAAAAUUACAGCCAACCAGACGACAGACAGCCCACCACAAAGUCCCGGCGCAGUGAGACGUUUCGACCUCAACAGCCAAAAAAGCAGAGCAAAAGCGACCAAAUCCUCUGGCAAUUCGCAUCUGCAUUCGCAUUCCUACAUCCCGCAGCCCUCAAUCGCACGCCGAGUUUCAGCUGGCCGCAAAUGGCUGGUGGCCUCGUCAAGUAUCGGCAUCUGAGCCGCAAGUCCUCGGCCAGACAGGCUCUGCUGCGAGGUCUCGUUACCCAGCUCGUGCAAUAUGAACACAUCCAGACCACAUACGCAAAGGCAAAGGAGACGCAGCGCCUCGCCGAAAAGCUGAUAACGCUCGCCAAAAGAAACAAUGAGCCGUGCAGGAGGUCGGCGCAGGCUUGGGCUUCCUCUUCCCCUCCUUCGACUCAGCUACUUACCGCACGAUAUCAGACACCGAACCUGCUUCUGCCCAAGCUCUUUGGCGAGCUACGGAACCGCUACCUGACCCGCGAGGGGGGCUAUACUCGAGUCGUCCGCACCGAGUCCAAGAACACAUACGACCAGGGCGAGAGCGCAAUCCUGGAGUUUGUCGACGGAAAGAAGGAUUCUCGCUUCAUGAUGACGGCCAAGACUCUUGCGCGGGACCGGUUAUUAGGACGCUCCUCGACCCCUGUGACGCUCCAGAACGUGAAGAAGGUGACCAAGUUCCGCGACGAGAAGGAGCUGGAGGAAAUGGUUCAGCGCUUCAUGAUUCUCAGCACCGAGGGCGAGGGUGCGGUUGAAGCUCCGAGUGCGGAAUCAGCCAAGUUGGCGGAGAAGGAGGGCGCUGCUGCGGAAGUUAUGGCGGGAGAUAUUGUUCCUGAAAGCGCAAAAUCUGGCGAGCAAGUCAAGAGGUGA